AUGGUGAGUGUGCGCAGGGCCGGGCCGGGGGUCGGGCCGGGGUCGGGGCCGGGACGUGGGAUCUGGGACCGGGGCUCCGCUCUCCUCUCACCGCCGCUGUCUCCGCCGCCGCAGGACCGCGCCGAGGGGCUGCCCGGGGCGUCGGCCGGGGCCCGCCUGCCGCAGCUGCCCGCUCUCAACCAGACGCCCUACGGCUCGGCUCCGCCGCUCUGCCACACGCCCGCCGCCGACUUCCAGCCGCCCUACUUCCCCCCGCCAUACCCGCAGCCGCCGCUGCCCUACCCGCAGGGCCAGGAGCCCGCUUACCCGCACCUGGCCGACCCGUACGCGGCGCUCAGCCCGCUGCACCAGCACCAGCAGCCCGCCUGGCCCCCGCAGCGCUCCCGGCAGGACGACGCGGGGCUGCUCUCGCAGACGCACCGCGCUCUGGGACUCGACCCCCGCCGCGAGUAUCCCGCCGUGCCCCGCCUGCUCCACGGGCUGCCCGACGGCGGGCACGGCCUCCCCGACGGCCCGCUGGGCCUGCACGGCCUCGGGCACCACGGCCUCGAGGAGAUCCAGGCGGCGGACGACGGCGGGAUGAACCUGCUCGAUCAGUCCGUCAUCAAGAAAGUGCCCAUCCCCUCGAAGGCCAACGGCACCAUUCCCUCCCUGAUGAACAAGGACGGGCUGAUCGGAGGGGUGACGAACCCCAACGAGGUUUUCUGCUCGGUGCCCGGCCGCCUCUCGCUGCUCAGCUCCACUUCCAAGUACAAGGUGACGGUGGGGGAGGUGCAGAGGAGGCUCUCGCCCCCCGAGUGCCUCAACGCCUCCCUCCUCGGCGGGGUCCUGCGCAGAGCAAAAUCAAAAAACGGGGGUCGGUGUUUAAGGGAAAGGUUAGAGAAAAUCGGCCUCAAUCUACCCGCAGGACGGCGCAAAGCUGCCAACGUCACCCUGCUGACAUCACUGGUGGAAGGUGAAGCUGUCCACCUGGCCCGGGAUUUUGGCUACGUGUGUGAAACAGAAUUCCCAGCCAAAGCGGCGGCAGAGUACCUGUGCCGACAGCACUCCGACCCCACGGAGCUCCACACCAGGAAGAACAUGCUGCUGGCCACCAAGCAAAUUUGCAAAGAGUUUGCAGACUUGAUAGCACAGGACCGCUCACCUCUGGGGAACAGCCGCCCCUCGCUGAUCCUGGAGCCGGGCGUGCAGAGCUGUCUGACUCAUUUCAGCCUCAUCACCCACGGCUUCGGCGGCCCGGCCAUCUGUGCAGCACUGACAGCCUUCCAGAACUACCUGGUGGAGUCCCUCAAGGGGCUGGAUAAAAUGUUCAUCAGCAGCACAGGGAACGGGCACACGGCCGGAGACUCCAAAGCGUCAGAGAAGGACGGGAAGCAUCGGAAGUGAGGUGCAUGCUCCAUCCCCUGCCUGGGGAGCUCCCACAGCCCGAGGAAGGUCAGCAGUGCCAGGAGGACGCGGCGCUUUCUGAACCGCUCCAUUCGAACCGGGGGGGGGGAGCGAAACUCAAGAUGCAAACUACAAAAAGAGAAACGGAUCGAAGUUCAGCAGGAAGAAAACAACUCUGACAGACGUGGCGAGGAGGAGAAAAUAAGCCAGUUUGAUGGCUUUUUCGUUUUGCCUUUUUUUUUUUUUUUUAAAUCACGGAUGCAGGAAGCCAAGUCAUGUGCAAUUUUUUUUUUCUUUCUUUCUUUCUUUUAUUUUAAAGCCCGUAAUAAAAUCCUGACAAGCUCCAGGAAUUUGUUCUGAGCAAAGAACUGAGAAGAGCGAACAAAAGCCGCCCCAAUACCAGGAGUGGGGGCACGAGCGGCACAGAGCUGUGCUUGGAUCUGCCAGCUGGCUGUGACGGGCAAGCAAGUUGACCCAAGCAACCUUCCUAUUUCUUCCUAUUUCCCCACCUACAGCCCAGCCCUAAAGCCAGGCCAGGAGAAAACCUCCAGCUUUGGGUUUGAAGCGGUUUCAGGCUUCAUUUUGCAGAGCACCUGCGAUGCUCCCAGGAGGGACAAAGCAGGAACACCGAGCCCAGGACUUGCUGCAACUCCACAACCUACACAGAACAGCACACACAUGUUUUUAAAGUGAUUAUUAAUAAUAAUGAAUUAAGCACAAGGAGCAGAACUUGAACCAGGCCAAACUGAACUGUUCUAAAUCUGUAUAUAUUUAUUUAUGUGUAAUUAAAUCUGAAAGUUUUAAAAUGUCCAGUGCGAGUUAUUUAUAUCAAAUUGAGUUGGUUAUUCGGUUUGGUUUAUUUUCUUUCUUUUUUUUUUGCCUUUUUGAAAGAUGGACGUUUCUGGUCUUUCUGCCAUUAGAAAUGGGAAUGAAGUUUUGGAUACACAGAACUGUAGCAUGGACGAGAUAGGCUAUGAUAACAAUAGAAGUUCUGCAGGAUUUUGUACUUGCUGUUGUUUCUCUUAAUGCUGCACUAGAUGUACAACACCCACACCAUAAUGUCGUUCUCAUUACCUUA